CCUUUCCCUCGGGUUAACACAUGCCUUUUGCUUCUUUGAGCUACUACGGCCACUCAUUGUGCAAUGCAAUCCAGGUGUGCAUGCCGCCUCAGGGCUCAGCAGGGGCAGUAUAAAUUGCUGGUUGCCUCCGCUUCAGGCGAACAUGCAUGCAAUGCAACACAGGCAGCCAGCCCAUCGAUCUAUCGACACAUUUCUCAGGCCCUAGCUUGCUCAUCAGUAGUUCGGAGAUCGAGUGGAAACCUUGUCGAGAAUGGUUCCAGAUACAGUUCGUGUAGCAGUAGGAAUCCUAGGAAAUGCUGCUUCCAUGCUCCUCUACACAACCCCUAUACUGACGUUCAGAUGGGUGAUAAGGAAGGGCAACGUGGAGGAAUUCUCCUGCGUGCCAUACAUCCUAGCGCUGCUCAACUGCCUGCUGUACACCUGGUACGGCCUCCCGGUGGUGAGCUCCGGGUGGGAGAACCUGCCCGUGGCCACCAUCAACGGCCUGGGCAUCCUGCUCGAGGUCGCCUUCAUCGCCAUAUACCUACGGUUCGCACCGGCGGAGAAGAAGAGGUUUGCCUUGCAGCUGGUGCUUCCUGCCCUGGCGCUGUUCGGCCUGACGGCGGCCUUGUCGAGCUUCGCGGCGCGCACGCACCGCUCGCGCAAGGCGUUCGUGGGCAGCGUCGGGCUGGUGGCUUCCGUGUCCAUGUACACCUCUCCAAUGGUGGCCGCUAAGCGAGUCAUCGCGACGAAGAGCGUGGAGUUCAUGCCGUUCUCCCUCUCGCUCUUCUCCUUCCUGUCCAGCGCGCUCUGGAUGGCGUACGGGCUGCUCGGCAGGGACCUCUUCAUCGCGUCGCCGAACUUCAUCGGCGUCCCGGUGGGCGUCCUUCAGCUGCUGCUGUACUGCAUCUACAGGAGAGACCACGGGGCGGCAGCCGGUGCAGAGGCGCAAGCGCAUGGCCCUGCCGCCGCCGCCGAUCAGGAGAAGGGCAUGAAGGCAGCGGCGCCGGUGGCCGUGCAGCCGCAGGAGGUAGCCGCCAGAGUGUCGGAAUAUAAAUGAGAUAAUAUGUCUCUCUCUUUUCUGAAAUCGAAUCAGAAUCCCUUGUGCGUUGUGUCAGUCUGUGAAGUGAAUGUUUCGUUAUCUCCAUCUGCGGCCCAAGCCCAACACCGAACUGGACUCUCCAAGUCGAAUGAAAUUGAAGGCUUGGCUCUUGGGCUGUACGGCCACAUAGCAGCGACCCAACUGUUGAGAACUACGUAUACGGAUCAGCAGAUCCACUUAUGGCGUGUUUGGUUUAUGAAGUCACUCUAUACUUCAUGAGGUGAUGCAUCAUAAGUUCAUUCCAUCAAUUUUGGUGGAAUCAACCCA